AUGGGCCGGCGUGCAAACGAUACAAAAAAAGGUGCCGAGGAACCCAAGAAGAGAUCAAAAAAGACCAAGGUCGAGGAGACCAACCCAGAAAGUCCGGUUGUUGCCACGGGCACCGAGAGCAGCUCUGUGAGUGGCAACCUCGCAGUGCCCACAAGUGUGAAGGCCGCUUUGCCACAUUUAUCCAGUGCAGCUGCUGCGGAUGUGAAGGCUCGUGUGGGCAGUGUGACAAUUACUGUUGUCAGGGGGGGUGUUUAUAUGAGGCAGCACUACAAGCCCUUGGCACCCCUUUGCUCAUCUUCUUCGAAGGUGUCAGCAGAAGCAGUGGUAGAGGUAGGCCAGCUCAUCUUGUGCGACGACUUCAAAGGUUCCAGCAGGAACAGCUAUGGAGGCGAUUGGCCUAGCCCCGGUCGCAAGCCCAUCUGUGUGCAAGCCUGCAACAGAAACGGUGAUGGAGGGAAGCUCUUCUUGUUCGGAGCUUUCGGCGGGUAUGGUCGUGGAGGCAACCACUAUCAACCACUCAACUUCGCUGUGCUUGCAUUUGUCGCAGAUCUGGGCAAGCCCAUCUGUGUGCAAGCCUGGAACAGAAACGGUGAUGGAGGUACGAAUGCUCUUGAUGAAGUCUGUCUCUCUUGCAGGCAAGCUCUGCUCCUGCUGAAGCUGCAGCAGGCAAGCCCAUCUGUGUCCAAGCCAGCAGCAGAAACAGUGAUGGAGGCGGAGGUUAGCCCGUCUUCUUCCCCGGCAACGACCGCGCUUUCCACCUCUCGUGGUUCUUUGGUUCAGGCAUGCUAUGAGAUUCACGGUGCUUUGGCAUCUCCAAAGAAGCGAGUUCUGCGGCCGCAGCGAGUUACGCUUGCUGGAGUGAUUGGGGCUCCAGGUGGAGCUGUUCUUCAUCAGCCUGGACACUUGUCUGCUGUUGUCUAUAUGCUAACCGAGAAUGCGAGCCUGCUCAACGAGCACUUUGAUUCAUCCCUGGAGGGCAUUGCUGUGGGUUUUGAGUACGAUGAGAAACGUUUCAAGGAGAAUUGGGCCGCCUAUCUGACCAGCGAGAACAUCACAGAUUCUACACUCCUUGAAACCUACCGUGUGAUUUGCCGAAUCGGACCGCCGCCGCGGUACAUCAAGACACUUCUGGGCUGUGGUGAGGCAGACAACUGCUUAAGUCUGAUGGAAUUUUUUUUGCUCCAUCGGGCAGCUGCAGGUAUGCCCUUGUACAGUGUGAUUGUUCACAACAGCAGCAAUCAGGACCUGCAGGAAUGGCUUGGAGGAAGCAGCCUGCCCGGUCUUGAAGUUCACAGUUGCUCCGUGGUCAACGCUCCCAUUCACUUCCUGUCCCUUGGCACAGCGGAGCGCCGACCGGUGCUGAUAGUGCGAGGCGUCAACGAUGCAGACGUGCAGUUGCUGCUCAGCCACCAGACGUGGAUUUUCAGAGGUGGGCUCCCCAACUGGUCCGGGGGUUGGUUUGACAAAAACCGACAGGAAGUGGAGAAAGGUGCCCCGGGGGCGACCUACAUUCGCUACACACCGGCCAUUCCUGGUAUCCAGAUGGAGGGUUGGUUGCAGGCCAUGGACAAGUAUUGCAUGGAGUACCAGCUGGAAGGCAAGAUUCCGGGCUGCGUUGCCAGUGUAUUGGCUGCUACGCCAUGGCUGAGUUUGAAAAGGAUGUGA